AUGAAAAUAAUUUCUCUUUUUUUUGUUUGCUUAAUAGCAGUAAUUUAAAUUAAUGCUAAAAAUAAUUGUUUAGAAUAUGUCCUUAAAUAACGUGACUCUGGAAAAUAUUGUGAAUUAUAAAAUGAUAAUGAAUGCUGGAAUGAAAUGAAAAGCUAUCAAUAAUGUGAAUAGCAAUGUUUUAAGAAAAGCAAAAAUGAACCAUAUGAAUCACUUUAAUGUGUUAAAGAAACUUGCAAUCCAUCUAAUCCUUAAGUGCAAUGGUUUAAAACGGAAGAACUUAUAUGUGUAGAUAUUUUCGAGCCUCAUGAUUUUAAUGGACUUGAUAAAUGUUAACUAGAUUUAUUUAAUAGAGCAGCCUAGGGAUAGUUUUGUUAACAAGGAAAUACCGAUUGCAUAUAAGCUAUAAAAUCUGCCAAAUAAUGCUCUAUAACUUGCUUCCUUAAAAAAAAUAUCAGAGAGGUGUCUAAUUAGUGCUUAAAAGAACAAUGUUCUUCGGUAAAUCCUUAAGCUCAAAGUUUUUUAAACAGUCUUAGCAAAUGUGGUACUAUAGAUAUUAGUAUAAGCUCCUCAAAUACACUUGCUUUCACAAGUUUUUUACUUGCUUUUUUAAUUAUUUGA